AUGCAAUUAUUUGCUGAAUCAAUAUCAUCGCGCAAAAAAUUAUGAAAAAUUCGUAGCGAUGAAAAGUGUGCUCAUUCCGUUCUUCACGUUACGUUUUCGAUACUCAUCGCGGCAGUACUGUUGGACAAAUCGGAUACAGAAGUUUCGAGUUCUGAGAAGGAGACGGGAUUAAACGAAUUGGAGAUGCUAUGGGAUGUAGAGGAGACGUGGGAUUGGAACGGCAGUAGUCUCGAAUGCUCGAGUAACAAAAGGCAGAUUAGUCCUACACUUUCAUCUGAAGAGUACUAUCAUUAA